AUGCUAGCAAAUUUGAACCGGGGAGUUGGUUAUCAAAUGCGUCAUUUGCGCUUGAAAAAGUACAAUGUUUCAGUCAAGCCGAGCCAGAAAGUCACAUUGAAAUACUUACAAUCCUACGACAGUGAAGAUUCGAUGAUGUACGGAGCGACACGGUCAGAUCUUCUCGUUUUGGAAAAGUCCUUCCCGAAUUUGUACAAAGAAUAUAUUAAUACAGACCUUGUCUUCGACGAGACGAAAGAGGCGAUCAUUCAAUAUUUGAAGACAGGCGAAGUUCAAAAGACGACGGGCGCGGGUCUCAAUCCUGUGGACAAGUUUAUGGCAAGGAACAUAAAUGAACUUUCAAUUCUGCUCAUUGCUUUGAUGAUUCCGAUUUGCGUCGUGCCAUUUUUAGUUUUGCGAGAAUGGUUCGUAGAAAAGCAAAAAGUUAUAAUGCGCGAAAUCCAGAAAGAAAUGAGAGAGCUAAAGCGUGAAAAAGCUCUCAUUUUAUCAAACAUGGAGCUGAAUAAAGCAACUAUUUCUAUGCUAGAAAGUUCGUGA